UGCCUGAAAAGCUUCUCUAAGCAGCAGCUCUGCCUCUUUUAGUGUGGGACCAGUCCAGAGUUUACCCACCACAUCUUUUCUUCUGCCACACGCUCUCCUGAAACUGAAGAUUAGUUAAUUACCUGGCAGACAUGUCUUUGCUGCUGUUUUUGUCAGUUAUGCUGAUUGGCUGUCCCCUCUUGAAGACAUUCAUCCUCCACCCAGAAGAACCAGCAGCGACUCAGCCCUCUCCUGCCAUCAGAACCAGCAGAUGUCAGGCCAAGUACCUGCAGAGCAUCCGAAAGAUCAUACUGAGCUCCUUAGACUUGCCGGCUGAGCCUCAAGUGUCUUUUCCCGGGAUGACUCGGAUCCGAGACCUGUGGAAGGGUGCCUUUCAAGCCACCAGUCGGUCUGAACACACAGCCCAACAACACUGCUUUUUUAAAGCCCUGGAUCCAUCAAAGAACAGAACAUCCUCUGAGAUUUCCAUUCCGGGGAACUCAUCAGUCCUGCAGUGCUGCAGACUUACCACUCAGAUUUUCAUCAAAGAUCUCGGCUGGGACAGGUGGAUCAUCUACCCGGAGAGCUUACCUACGUCCAGUGCAGUGGAUGUGACCCAAAGGCAGACCAGAGCUUCCUCCACUGCAGGGGAGACGGCCCGCCCUCCACACAGUUCUGACCGUGGGUUGUGCUGCGAGCCCACCGUCCAGAACAUUGUGCCUUUCCUCUACCUGGAUGAAACCGGCAGCAUCACCAUCGCCUCUGUCCCCCUGACCAGUGAGUGCGGUUGCAGGUCUGAGAGCAACAGUCAGGCCUCUUAACCGUGAGAGAACACAGCCUUGGCUCUGAGUACCUACCCCUCACCGAUAACCUCUUAAAUCUGUCACUGACCUGCAGAACACUGGCGUUUCACUAAACUGGACUUCAGAAAUCCUGCAUGAAUCACAUUCAUCCCGUAAUCACUGAUUGCUGCUGCUGGGAGAUUGAUUAAGAACUCUGUAAAUAUCACAAUAUCACACAAUUAGCAGAACUUUUACACAUGUAAAAGUGUCCAAGAAGUUUAAAACUGAGCAGAUCUUUCAUUACAUUCCUAUUAAACAUAAAUGUGCUAUUAAACAUAAAGGGUUUUUUAAACAAGGCCACUGAACAUCCACAUUUGGAAAAUUAAAAUGAGAUCUGAACUAGUUCCAUCGCCAAACAUCUACCACGCACAUGUAUAAAAUUGUACAGCUCCAUAUUGGCAGGGAAUUGAACAACAGCCAAAGAAUGUUCUUCACAAAAAUGCACCACAGCAGAUCCAGCGCUGCCAGGUUUUUCCCAGGCUGGGCCUCUUCAGCUUUCCAAUAAACAUUAUAAAAAAUAGCCCUCGAAUACAGAGGAGCAGGCAGGCACAGGGUUUGCUCUCGGCCUCUGACACACUCCCGUCUUCUCCCUUGAGAAAAAGAAGGUUUUCAGACUGUUCUUCUCAGAAUUUGAGCUUUAAGCUGUUUAAACUGAUCCAUUUAAUUGUGUCUCACAACGUUUUCAAACCUACUUAAUCUCUGUUUGUCUGCUGUGAUCUGGACCCACCCAUUGUGUAAUUUCAUGUACCAUCACAUACUCAGCUACCUUGUAGUUCAUUCAAAUCAUGCCCUGUUCACUGGAUAACUGUUCAGUGGUGAUUUGUAGCACCAAACUGAAAUUCCAGUUUAUAAUACUAGUAACUUCCUGCAGAGUUACCAAAUGUUAUUACACUAGGUGUACACCCCAAUUCUGAAAUUAUUACUAAUAUUAUCUAUUGUUUAAGUAUGUUGUACAUAGUAUAGAUGAAAGUGUGAAAGUUUACUUAAAUAUUCAUGAUUCAUACUCAGAACCUGUCAUUAUGUGACCAUAAGGUUACGAUGGACAGUUAUCACUACUUAAAACUAGGGCUUUCAGGUUAACUGUUUUGUUUAAACAAUAUAUCGAGCAAUUAAGUUAGCUAAUUAAGUUAUUUAGACAUUGGAAUUGACUGAGGUCAUUUCCACAUAUUGUAUGAUAAGUCAACUGCAAAAUUAGGCAACUGACAAAAGUUCUCAAUUUUAAAAAUAUUUGCUUUUCAGGUUUGUGCUGCUUUUUGUAAAACUCUCAGUAGUUUUGAUAAAGACAUUUAAAGUUAAUUUUUUAGUGUUACAUAUUUAGCUUCUUUUGAUGGAAAGAACACAUGCACUAAGUACUGAUUAUUUUGUCUGUAUGAUCUGAUAUUAAGAGCCUGUUGUGUUGCCUAAUAAAAUGAAAUAAAAUAGUA